GGCGGUGAGCGUAGAGGAAGAAGUUGUUUUUUCGCCAGUGUUUGGUUUACGCAGUGCUGGUGGUGAAGUCCUACCCCGAUACGUGUCACUUUGUGGAGAGAACGUCACGACAGACUCUGUUCAAAAAACCCGGCAGUUAAGAGUUCCUGUACUGAACGAGGAGAAAUGAGUAACAGGAUGGAGGGCUCCGCAGGACCAGAUGUCAGGGCGAAUGGACCCAUCGCAGCGCCCAGCAGCCCUGUGAGCUCCACAUUAGGCCCACCCCUGUCCCCUGAAGAGCUGGACGACGAGCCGCAGUCGUCUCUGACAGAUGUCACCCAAAUGUGGAUUAAAUUCGGCAAGACUUUUGCCAUCAUCUUCCCGAUCUACAUCUUGGGGUACUUUGAGUUCAGCUUCAGCUGGGUUCUGAUCGGACUCGCCAUGUUGUUCUAUUGGAGGAAAAACCAUGGCAGUAAGGACUACAGGAUAAACCGUGCCUUAGCAUUCCUGGAGCAUGAGGAAAAGGCAGUGAAGCAGAGUGUGCCUACUACUGAGCUGCCACCAUGGGUCCAUUAUCCAGAUGUGGAGCGAGUGGAGUGGCUGAAUAAGACGGUGAAGCAGAUGUGGCCGUUCAUCUGUCAGUUUGUGGACAAGCUGUUCAGAGAGACCAUCGAGCCGGCGGUGAGGGGCGCCAACCCCCAUCUCAGCUCCUUCUGCUUCAGCAAGAUCGACAUGGGCGACAAGCCGCUGAGAGUGAACGGGGUGAAGGUUUACACAGAGAAUGUGGACAAGAGGCAGGUCAUCAUGGAUCUGCAGAUCAGCUUUGUCGGGAAUACAGAGAUUGACGUGGACAUCAAGAAAUACUAUUGCAGAGCUGGAAUCAAAAGUAUACAGCUUCAUGGAACGAUGAGAGUGGUGAUGGAGCCUCUGCUGGGGGACAUGCCUCUGAUCGGAGCCCUGUCCGUCUUUUUCCUCAAGAAACCAUUGCUGGACAUCAACUGGACGGGACUCACAAACAUGCUGGACAUUCCCGGUGUCAAUGGUUUGUGCGACAGCAUCAUCCAGGACAUCAUCUACAGCUACCUGGUCCUUCCCAACCGCAUCACCAUCCCUCUGGUGGGAGAGGCCCAGCUGGCCCAGCUACGCUUCCCCAUGCCCAAGGGCAUCCUGAGGAUCCACUUCAUCGAGGCCCAGGACCUGCUGGGCAAAGACAAGUUCCUGGGAGGGCUGAUCAAAGGCAAGUCCGACCCCUACGGUGUCGUCCAGGUGGGGACCCAGCUCUUCCAGAGCAAAGUUAUCCACGAGACCGUCAACCCAAAAUGGAACGAAGUGUACGAGGCCCUGAUAUACGAUCAAUCAGCACAGAAUCUGGAGGUUGAGCUGUUUGAUGAAGACACUGAUAAAGACGACUUCCUGGGAAGUCUGAUGAUCGACAUGGCCGAGCUCCAGAAGGAACAGAAGGUCGAUGAGUGGUUUGUAUUGGACGAUGUGGCUACAGGGAAGCUGCACCUCAGGCUGGAGUGGUUGUCUCUGCUGCCCACACCUGAGAAGCUGGACCAGGCACUGAUGAGCAUCAAAGCUGAUCGCGGUCAAGCCAACGACGGCCUGUCGUCCGCGCUGCUUGUCGUCUUCCUGGAUUCGGCCAGAAACUUGCCUCGCAAUCCGUUAGAGUUCAACCAAGCGGGUCUGAAGAAGGCCUCGGUCAGUAAGGCCAUCAAGUCCGGUAAAAAGGUGACCAGCGAUCCCAGUCCAUUUGUCCAGUUCACAGUGGGACACAAGUCCUUCGAGAGCAAGACCAGAUAUAAGACCAACGAACCGGUGUGGGAGGAAGCCUUCACCUUCCUCAUCCACAACCCCAGAAGCCAGGAGCUGGAGGUUGAGGUGAAGGACGAGAAACACGAGUGCUCGCUGGGGACGUUAACGCUGCCUCUGGGUCGCCUGCUGGAGGCGGAGGACAUGACGCUGAACCAGCGCUUCCCUCUGAAGAACUCUGGACCGAGCUGCACCCUCAAGAUGAAGAUGGCUCUGCGGGUGUUGUGUUUGGAAAAGGCCGCAUCCUCAGACUCCACCCCGUCCUCCGUGCAGGUCCGCAAGUCCAGCUCCUCCAACCCCACCCCACGGCCCUCCGUCUCCUCUGACUCCUCCAAGCCUCCCUCCUCCGCCUCUGACAUCCCCCACUCUGGCUCAGUGUCCACCCAGGACCAGCUGAACCGGCGGAGGGAGGCCGACGACCCCUUUAGGUCUCCGGGAAGCACGGACUUGGGGCAGGGCGGAGGAGGGGGAGGUCACAGCCUGGCGGAGACCGGGAGGAGCACCUCCAACCUGGCCAUCUCUGGUUCCCAACAGUAUCUGGCCGGAGGCAAAGAGCCGACCCCCAGCAUCGCAUCGGACAUCUCCAACCCCUACGCUGCUCAGGAGCUGCAGCUGAGACUCCAGCAGCUGCAGAAUGGUUCAGGCCCCAGUCACUUCCCGCUGGGCGAGGUCCAGCUGACGGUCAGGCACAGCUCCCAGAGGAACAAACUCAUCGUGGUCGUCCACGCCUGCAGAAACCUGAUCGCGUUCACCGACCACGGCUCGGAUCCUUACGUCCGCCUCUACCUGCUUCCUGACAAACGGAGGUCGGGCAGGAGGAAAACUCACACGUUCAAGAAGAACCUCAACCCAGUUUACGAUCAGACGUUUGAGUUCACCGUUUCGCUCGUGGAGCUCCACAGGCGGACCCUGGAUGUGGCAGUGAAGAACGGCGGGGGUCUGCUCUCCAAGCACAAAGGCCUUCUGGGAAAGGCUCUGGUGGAUUUGACCCACGAGGACAUCACUAAGGGCUGGACACAAUGGUUCGAGCUGAGCGAAGAUGGCCUGAGGAAGCCUCACCAACUAUAGACGGCUACGACGGAAACCAUCACCACCACCAUCAUCAUCAUCAUCAUUAUCAUCAUCAUCAUAUCACACCACCACUUUAUACACUUCCAUUUAAGUCGACAGCGUGGCUUUUUUUUAUUUGAUUUUCAUUACUUAUAACUGUACAAAAGGAAACAGAACAGCAGCUUUUGACAUUCAUUUAACCACGUCAUUCGCAAGGCAAACCUCCCCUUUAAGAAGUGAAAGGCUGAUAGACUAAAGGGAGUAUACAACAUGUAGAAUACUAUAUAUUACAUAGUGUACUGCUGUGGAAGUCUGUAUUCCAUAUUUAUAGGACAAAGUAUAACAGCUGUAGAGGAAGACAAUCUAUUUUUUUCCUGUUGCAGCAGCGAAGAACGACCAUGUACAGGUUUGUAAAUAUCUACGCUGAUGCUGGACAGAACGGACGGUGUGUUCUACAACUAAAAGAGAGGUGUAGUCUCCUACUCGGCCAAAUGAUUACUUGGAAUUUUAUGUUAUUUGAUUUAAUUUUUUUAAUGAAAAACAUUCUGGACAAAGUUUCUGAAGCAGAGCGGGCGGGCGGUCGCGGAGAACGACGCCACCAAAGAGACGAGGAGUAUUUAAUUCUUUCACCCUGGUGGGUUUUGGUAACGCAGCUGUCGUCUGGCUGUAGUCCACUGCAGUACUGUGUGUAUUAACCAAGUGGAAAGAGCUGGAGCUGCACAAAUGUUGUGUUAAAUUUGAUGUGAGUACCAGUACCAACACAGUUCUUGUCCAUCUGUUAGCACACAUGUUGCUACACAAGGCCAUUGUUUGUUUUUUUUAACUGAAUAUUUGCACAUCUGUGUGUGGUUUUUUUAAUCUGUUUGGGAUCAUUUCUACUCUGAGUGGCAACUUCAACGUUUCCUGAAUUCAUCUGAAUCAAAAAUGUCUGUUUUAGCCGGUAAUUUUUACCUUAAAAUAAAACAAAUAUGUGAGAAUUUUUUUUUAAAGGGAUUGUUUAACAUUUCGGCUUUCGCUUUCUGAGGGAGAGCUCGAUGGCAAGACGCCGCUCAUGUGUCUGUCAUUUAAAUAUGAAGCUACAGCCAUGAGACGCUUAGCUUAGCUUAGCAUAAACACUUAAAACAGGGGGACAAAGCUCGCCUGGUUCUGUCUGAAGGUAACAGAAUCCAAACGUCUAAAACCCAUUAAUUUGUAUGUUUGCUUUGCACUCGCCCUCUGUAAACAAUCAUUUGUUGCUUUGGUUCAACAUGUUAGCCAGUUAGCUUCAGAGGUGCUGGUCGCUGGAUUUUGUUCCCCUCAGACUGAGCUAAAUUGCAUUUUUUUUUUUUACCUCUUUGUGCUAAGCUAAGCUAAGAUAAGCGGUUGCUGGAUUUAUAUUUAAUAGACAGAGGGUGUUGUUGAUCUUCUCAUCCAGCUGUUGUGUGUCUUCCAAAAUGUUGAACUAUUCUUUUAAGGUAAUUCCCGUAUCAAAAUGGACUGCAUUUAAAUGAAGUGAUUGAAUUAUCGCUCACAUUUUCUUCAUUUAUCUAAAGCCACUAUGUAUAGAAGUUUAAAAUGCUCCACUUUGGCACCUUCCAGUGGUAAAUUUCUCAUUAUUUACCUUGAUGGCAUAGAAAACCAAAGCAGGCUUAUAUUAGAGACAGGCUUGUAUUUCUAGUUUCUCCUGUUCCCAGAGUAAUGCAAAGUCAAAACUCCCAUCACAUUUACUGUUGUGUUGAUAAAUCCAUGUAUUUUUCCACGUUAAUAAUUCCAUCUGUCGUGUCAUCACAGUGAUGCUCUGAGUUUAUCCUCUCUGUCACAAAUUCCGUUUCAUUCAUCAAUUCAUCCAAGUUUUUCCAUCUGAAUCGAGUUUUUCUUUUUCAGCCAUCGAGAAAACACUUCCUGCCAAUUUUUCACAUUAAAAGUCUUCCAGCUUUGUCUUUAGUGGGAAUAUUUUAGGUGGAAAAACUGGAGUGAAUCAGUGAGUGAGGACAGUAUUUGUGAUGAAAAGAGAAACUGAGAUGUGCGUUAUUAUGCUGAAUUCAGCACGUGAGUUCUUUUUUAUUCCUUUUGGUUUUCUUUAUUUUAAUGUUUGAGACCUCGCCAGUAUUCACCACUUUUAUAAGAGAAUCACUGGUUUACACAAAACUCUGAGGUGAAUGGGCUGAAAGCAUCACGAAGACUGCACCGAUUUCCACCUUUUCACCAGGAUUUCUACAAACAAACACCUCUGAGUACUCUGAAAGAUGCUUUAAUGACAGAAAAUUUCUACAAAUAGUGGCUUCAAAAAGUGAAGAAACGUGUCCAACAUGUCUAAUUGGGCUUUUGUUUGCGUUUGUGGCGUUCACAGCAGGAGAGAAACUGCACCACAGCCAUUCUGAGUUGUUCACGUUUUCGUUUAUUAAUCAACAUUAGUCUUAACUCGAGUCAUUUUCAACACGUCGUCGUGUCUUAUUUGUUGAAUUUACACAGAAAAAACCAGUCGACUAAACAAGACGCACGCAGGUGUUGAACCUGACGAACACUUUUCACACACUUCAUGCUAAACGCUGCUUUGUCUUCACAGCACUCGCUCAGAAGGGAUUCAGAUACACCGAAUACGUCAUUCUUGGCAUCAAACGCGUGAAAUAGAAGCACACGUUAUCUGUGCGGCUCCUCGAAGCCAAAGAGCAGCAGGUUGAUGUUCAUAUAGAAGAGGACAGCGUGACCUUUGACCUUCAAAACACAAAUAUAGACCUUUGCCUUGCUGUGUCCACAUCACGCAUCAAGAAAGUAUUUGACGCAUAUGUACGUAAACUGUGCCGUUCGGCAUUUUAUGUGUUUUUUUAUUUGUGUUUUCCAGCCGUCGCCCUCUUUUUGUCUUGUUCUGUGUUUUAUUUUGUGAGAAUCGAAAAGAUUGUAAGCGAUUGGAUUCGAGCGCGAAGCCUCUGGGGUGGAAUUUGUCCUCUGAAAGGCGGUUUGUCUUCUCCGUCUUCUUAAUUUAUAUUGUGCCUUAAAAUUCGCACCACCCGGAGAUAUUUACAUGUGUGAAAAGAACCAACAAAAUGGUUUCCCAUGUUUGUCUCCUACAUGUCUUUUAAAACAAAUAAAGAGCUUUAGCUGGCUAUAGCAGCAUGGAGCUGUACAGCA